AUGAGCACCGAAAUCAAAGAUAAUAAUAACAAUAUUCAUUCCAAUGAAGAAGAAGAAAAAAUAAUUAAAGAAUCAUCUAUCGAUAAUAAACAAGAAAUUGAACCACCACUUAUAACAUCGAAUAAUGAUGAAUUUCCAUUAGAAACUCCAUCUAUUGAUGUUAUCAAUGUAAAAGAAGAUGAUUCAACAGCAGCAACUAUACCUGAAGAGAAUUCAUUAGUAAUACCAGGAUCUGAACAGGAUAAUAAUACAGUUGGUGAUACUGUUCAAUCAGAAUCAUCAAGUCAAUAUGAUGAUACUCAUCAACUUUUACAAACUAUAGCUGAUAAAUCGAAUAAAGAACCAUCUAUAACAAUAUUAAAUACACUUGUCGAAAGUGAUUUUGAUUUAGAUAAAAAUUAUAUAGAACAAAAACCAAAAAAUUUACAUGAGCUAUUUUCUAUAUUUGAUAAAAUGUCAUCAUCAUUACAAGCUGAAAUACUUAGUGUAUUAAUUGGCAUAGUGCGUAAAAGUGAACGUAAUUUAUUAGCAUCAAUUGAUGCACAAAUGUAUGAAAAUACAUUAGAACUAUUAAAUAAAAUUGAUGGUGACGUUGUUGUUGCAUAUUUAUUAGUUGAUAUUCUUACAGUUUUAACAUUAUUAACAAUUAAUGUUAUUGAACUUAAACUUCUUUUACAUUAUCUUAAAACAGAAAAUCGAAUAUGCUGGUCUUACAAAAUAACAACAUGGUUUCGUAUUGAUCCUGUUGCUGCUAAUGGUGUUAUUGAAAAAGAAAACCCAUAUUUAUAUUGGUUUUGUACAACAAAAUGUCAUGGUUAUAUAGCACAUUUUGUUGGUAAUUGUUUAGUAAUAUCAUAUUCAAAAUUAAAAGAAAAAGCGUUUCAACAUUGUAUACAAUAUGAAUUUAAAGCACGCGAGUGUGUAGAAGUGUAUAAUAUAAAAAAUUUUCUUUGUUUAUCAUCAACUACUGCUUAUGAUAUAUCACAGUAUUUACCACUUGAUGAAAAACAUCCAUGUAUCGGUGAUAUUAUUACGAAUACAUAUAGGAAAAGUAAAUGUCUUGGUGAACAUAUUCUUAAAGAUGCAGCAAUUGUUCAUCAUGAAUGGAAUAUUAUACUUUUACGUUGUUUUAAUCAAGUUGGCGCUCAUGAAUCAGGUUUAAUUGAUGAAGAUCCUCUUGAUUUUGAAGAUUAUAUACAUGUGGUAGAUGUAGUUAUCGGUCAUAUUGCAGCAAUGAAAAAAUUUGAAGAAAAUUGUGGUUUAAAAAUUUAUAAUCUUGGUACUGAUAAAGGUGAUCGCGCAAUUAUUUAUGCUGCUCCAGCAUUAGAACUUGGAUGGACAGCUAAACGAGAUUUUGAUGAAAUGCAUAAGUAG